AGCCCAUAUCGGCUGAAAGGCCCAUAGCAAGUCCAGUUCUCUGUCUCAUCAUCAUCCUUCCCUUGGCUUCUCAGCUCUCGCCUUUACAAUUACAGGGAAGAGUUAAGUCGCAGAUUUGCAGUAGCGGAACAGAGAGGGUUUUAGAAAUUUGUACGAGGGCACUAUGCCGGAAGCUAAGAGCAGAAAGCGCAAGAGAGGGAAGAAGACUGGCAGCAAGCCGCAAAGUCAACAACAGAAGGAGAUUAAGUCGAACGACAACACAAAGGCCAAACAUGGUGGUCAAAGUAACGAACUUGCUGCAGCUACGAAGUGGCCAAAGCCGUCGUCUUCUUCUUCUUUCCUUGAUAAGAUGAAAGCCAGAUUAGCUGGGGGGCAUUUCAGAAUGCUGAAUGAAACGCUCUACACUUGCACUGGAGGGGAGGCAUUUAACUAUUUCAAAGAAGAUCCAUCGUUAUUUAACAUGUAUCAUGCAGGGUAUCAAGAACAAAUGUCACACUGGCCUGAGCAACCUGUAAAUGUAAUCAUAAAGUGGCUAAAAGAUCAUAACCGUUCGUUUGUUGUUGCCGAUUUUGGCUGUGGAGACGCACGCCUAGCGAAGAAUGUGAAGAAUAAGGUGUUCUCUUUUGAUCUCAUUUCCAAGGAUCCUUCAGUAAUCGCUUGUGAUAUGUCAAAAACCCCCCUUGAUUCUUCAGCUGUAGAUGUAGCUGUGUUUUGCCUUUCACUGAUGGGCACUGAUUAUCCAAGUUACCUUAAGGAAGCACACCGAGUGCUUAAGCCAGGGUUCGUGUUCCAUAUGGCAAUUUCAACUUUCUAGAUCCUGAUCAUUGUGCAUGCGGAUUCAUGUUUUAUUCUUGCAGUGGUUGGCUUCUGAUAGCAGAGGUAAAAAGUAGGUUUGAUCCAAUUACUGGAGGGACAGAGCCAAAUAAGUUCGUGAAAGCCAUUUCCGAGUUGGGAUUUACAUCUGUGCUGAAGGUUCAUCAUCAACAUCUAAACUGUCUUUAUAACAACAACAACAACAACAACAAAAAAUCUAAACUAUCAACCUUGUUAAAUUAACUUUCUUAGUCCCGUACUGCUAACUCCUGAUUUGAUUUACACACAGGAUUUCUCAAACAAAAUGUUCAUUUUGUUCCAUUUCCAGAAGAAGGAGAAACGGGAAAGCUCGAAGAGUAAAGCAAUUGAGUGGCCGGAGUUGAAGGCUUGCUUAUACAAGCGUCGGUGAUAUCGCAAAGUCCAAAGCGUUGUGGUUUGAAAUGACACUAUUCUUAAGAUAUACAGCUUCUGAAUCUCUUAUUUAUAGCAAGUAUCUCCCUUUGGUUGAUGAAAUUCCUUGGUUUUUGCACGAAACUAAGGCCUGGCAAGUUUAAGGAAUGAGAAAAUUCUACAGUUUGUCGGAUGAAUCCUUUUCAAUUUGGGCCAAAAUACUCAUUUUAGAAAAUGUGCCAAUUAAUUGAGGAAAUUUGCACAAAAUCUAUUG